UUGCCUGACGCACAUAUUGCUGAGCGGGAAAAGGAGAACGCCAUUGACCCACCCAAUGGCGACCUCAGCCUCUCCCCCUACACCACAGCCUACCAACCAAGGCAGGCUGCGGGACCCACCGAAUCCGCCGGGCUGGACACUGUGUUGCAAAAAAUCCAAUCAGCGCUAGAACAGAGCAGACGGGUUCGGGAGCAGGUGAUGCAAUCUGAAAUGGACACUGAGGUUGCGGCUGCGGUGGCUAAUGCCGGAUUCCAGGCAGCGGAAACUAUCUGCCGCCUGGGUGGAGAUGGCGUUAUGCCCCGCGAUCUACUCGGUGUGAACAUGGAUGUCGUCAGCUUUGAGGACGAGGAACUGGAUGCACUGGAGGGUGAAUUGGACCUCCUUGAGAACGGGCUGGAGGACGUUGCCCCGGACGACUCUCUUAUCGCUGAUUUGUUCUACUCUAAGCGUCAAAUCAACACCUCAUCGUCGGCUUUCUAUGGCAACGUUUUAACUCCGGAGAAGUGUUUUGAGAGUCUUCUGGACGAUGAGUCGACGACGAAAAUGGAACCGCCUAGGAGCCAAGCAGCAUUGUCGGAAAGCACCCUGCCUGUGCAACGGUCUGUGGGCAAAGCCGAUCAAGCGGGUACAACUUUUGGUGACCGUUUUGAUCAUAUGCACAUUUUCCAAACUGUUAUUUUGAAGAUCGCAUGA